GACAGCAGGAGGGAGAGAAGCACUUGACUUUGCUUUCCGUGCUGUCUGCGGCUGACACUGUGACAAAUGACAUGCUUUCAGAGAAAAUUAGCUGAAUUCCGGUGAGAUCUGCGCACAUGGAUGAAGGUAAAGCCUUUUCGUUAUGGCAAGACAUGACACCCCAAAUCCAUCUGUGACUGCCACUUGAGCAUUUGUCAUUUUUAUUAAGCUUUUCCAGACUAAAUAUGGCAAACUGUGGCAGUGUUACUCUUCCAGCAUAAGACGUUCUGCCAAGCAACCCUGGCCACAUGAUCACUGGAGUGCUGGCAAGAGCCACUGUACCUACAAAUUAACUGGAAGAGCAGUUUAUGCAGCUGUAAAAGCUUUUAUCCUCUGCGCUGGGAGGAGCGGAAGACGGCAGAGGGUUGGAGCUGAAGUAAUUAAAGAACAGAUGUGGCAUGAGUGUCAUCAAUUUGCAAGACACUUUACAUCUUAAUGCAACCAGCAGAUUACAAUGUUUCCUGCAGAGAACAUGAGUGUUUAUUCUGCAGCAGGUCUUUGUCCAAACUGCAGCUCCUCCGCCCACCCAGAGGUGGAUGUAGCCAAGGCAGUCGUCCUGGGGAUGGUGCUGGUGGUCUUUGUAGUGUUUGGGGUCCUCGGAAACAUCUUGGUCAUCCUGUCUGUGCUGUUCCACCACCACUGGCGCUCGGUGACACAUUACUUCAUUGCCAACCUGGCAGCAGCAGACCUGCUGCUCAGCUCUGCUGUCCUGCCCUUCUCCGCCACCUCAGAGGCUCUCGGCAGGUGGGUGUUUGGCCGGUCCUUCUGCAGCGUAUGGGCCGCCCUGGAUGUCCUCUGCUGCACUGCCUCUAUCCUCAGCCUGUGUGUGAUUUCUAUUGACCGCUACCUGGCUGUCAGCUACCCCCUGCGUUACCCCGCUAUAGCUACCGGACGGCGAGGCCUGACCGCGGUGGCUGCUCUCUGGGGACUCUCAGCAGCUAUAUCUGUUGGCCCUCUAUUCGGCUGGAAAGAGCCCGACCCAGAGGACGAGACAGUGUGCCGAAUUACAGAGGAGCCUGGCUACGCCUUGUUCUCAGCCUUAGGAUCUUUCUAUAUACCACUGGUCAUCAUCCUGGCCAUGUACUGUCGUGUAUAUACCGUGGCGAAGAGAGAGACCAAAACCCUGAGGAAAGGGAGGAAAGGAAAGGGGGUAGAGAUGGAGGGGGUGAUGCUGAGGAUACACAGAGGGAACGCUGCUCAGAUAGGGAAGCAGGAGGGUGACGAGGGGACCGCAAUGCAUAAACGCUCCUCCUUUUCCCUACCAAGGCUGCUGAAGUUCUCAAGAGAAGAAAAAGCAGCCAAGACUCUUGGCAUUGUCGUUGGAUGCUUUAUUAUGUGCUGGCUGCCUUUUUUCCUGGUUUUGCCCAUCGGAUCCAUCUUCCCAUCCUGUAAGCCUCCUGAAACCAUCUUUAAAAUAACCUUCUGGCUGGGUUACCUCAACAGCUGCAUUAACCCCAUUAUCUACCCGUGCUUUAGCCAGGAGUUCAAGAAAGCCUUCCACAGCGUGCUGCGUGGCCAGUGCCUGAGAACUGCUGUGCCGACUACUUCUCAAACCCUAGGACACAUCACCACCCACUCCUCCGACCCAGGCCCAGUGCAAGAACCUGUCACCCUUUCUUCAUUGACUUGCUGUAGAGUGCUGUCGACCUCAUCCUCAUCUGCUGAUGGUGUAGACCAAUCUCAGAGUGCACAAGGCCAGAGUAAGAGUCUUCUGAAGGCAUGGUGUUUCUCAGCAAGUCAAACUCCAGUGCCAGAGAAGGCCUCCAACAGAUCUGCUAAGGUCUUACACCUUUCCCUCGGCAUUACAGGAGAGGCUGUUUGACAGCUUUCACUUCGACAUCUAUGUAAAACUUUUACAUAUAAUUAUAUUUCACAGAGACAUUAGAGUGCAGGUCUAGCCAAUAAUGGCUUGAGCUUUUGAUGGUGCCUCGUUGCAUGACACGUCAUUUGGAGAGCUAGUAAGUAAUACUUGUAUUCUCACAACAGCCACUACUGAGCUUCACUUGAACGGGGCAUUAAAUGUCAAAAUUUUCAAGAGGAGCUUUUCAGCUGCCAGCAAGUAGGAGCCUGUGACUGUCCAGCAAGUGAAUUUAGGAACAGAUGCAAAGCUCUUUUGGUUUGAGAAUGCAAGUUAAAAGCCCUUUUGGCAAGUUUCUAGGAUAGAAAGUAUAACCAUCCCUGAAUGCCAAGGAAUAAAUGAGAUAACAGAAACGUAUAGAAACGCUAUUGUAAGAGAACUCUGGAGACAUGAUAUUUUUUGAAUAUUAGUGGUAUUUCUUCAGAUUGCACAAAAACCCUUAAGGGUGAGAUACUCAAAAGUCAUGGAAAUAAUUAGUAUUCAGCGAAAGCUUUGAGAAAGCGUAAGAUAGAGGAGGGUGUGUGUUGCAUGUGUGACCUUUGCUUUAAAGAGAUGAAACAAUUUCCUAAAAGAAAAAGUUGAAAAUUGCAUUCCUUGGUGAGUACUGGGUAAAAAAAAAAGGACAUUUUUACAGCACAGCACAGUUUACAGAUUUAAAGUGGAAGAGUUUUGCUUUGCUGUUUGUUUGGGUUCUUUGGAAAUUGUGUUAAAAAUCAGCUUUCAGUGUUUUACAGCAUUGCUUGUGUGAAUACUGGCUUCCUGCUGGUGUACGACUUGUGCUUUAUUCUGGUUAUUUAAAACUGAUGCACGCGCAUUCAAAACUGCAAUGGUUCUUCUCAUCUGUAAGAUGCAUCCAUAAGGUUUUUUGUGCAGAAGGACUCUAAAAUGAGCUGACAAAAACUCAGGCUUGAUGUGCAUUAUUACCUCAUUAAAAAGAAGCUAUGGCUAACAUAAGAAGACAUUUCUCUGCUUACACAUCCAGCAGAGCAACAUUACCAUCCUCUAACAAUGUGUUUUACUGUCCACCUGAUGAGUGAAAGUCUAACAGUAACUCUCAUUUUAGCUGCGUUUUGCUGUCUAACAAAUCCUAAUUAAAAUGCCUGUUUAAUAGAUACCAUCAGCCUGGCCUUUGGUGCAGGGCCAGAACAAAAACAAUGAGCCAAAAGAAGACUGAAUCUUUGUGAGCCAAUUACAUUCCAGUUCCUAGUGCAACAAUUAAGUGAAAUCAAUUUUCUUCAACUCAGAUGUAAUUUGAGACAUAAGUGGCAGUUACGUUACCAGUCGUGAUUAAGUUAGCUGUGUGACAGAGUAUGAAAAUACAAAGAAAAAGUGUGUGGGAGAACACAGCUGUGAAGUGUGCUUUAACAAUGUGCCUGGAAUCAUUUGGACACAUUGGAGAGUUUACUCCUUGUGUAAAAAAAAAUCAAAUCAAAUCAAAUGAAUGUGCUAUUUACUGAUCAAAUUACCUAUGUUAUAUCUCCAGCAGUGGAGGAAAGCUGUUAUCAUUAAAUCCAAAAUGACCCUCUUAUAGAUGCACUGUUUGCCAGUGACACUGCCAUAAUGGUUUCACAUUUUAAUUAAUCGACUUACAAAAUUCUAAACUGGUAAUGUCAGAGGACAGGAUACCAGAUCUCUAUGUGAAUUAACCCCACCCCUAAAAAUACCCUGUGACAGAAAAAUCUUAUCACUGAAUUUCCAUUUGUUUGACUCAGGACUGUCAAUAUUCAGUUUACCUGGAAUGACCCCCCAUGGCCUUUACUAGAGAUGCACCGAUUGAAAUUCUCCUGGAGCAUUCCAAUGUUGUAGCUUAUCGAAACAAAAAUCUCCUUUCAUCAGGGUGAAAAAAACCUAUUUUUUUUUUAAAUAAAAGAAGCAACAGUAAGUUUCAUGAUUUUCUCUUUUUAAAAUGUAUGCAUCAUUGAUUGUGCCCCUGUUGUAUGGCACAUUUUACCUUAAGAAAUAGAAACAUGACCAUUAUAUUUAUAUGACAAAACAAAUGUCAGGUACGUAUGUAAUUGUCUGGCUUAUUUAUUGUGAUCAGAGGUUUAAAUAUACUCAUCAUGGGCAUGAAUACCAUGGUAAUUUGAGUUGUUUUUAACUCUUUCUUUAAGCUGUUCUCUUUCCAGGGUAAAAUGAUGGUACAGCACACAUCUUUAAAGACUUUCAAAAACAAGAAUCGGUUGCACAAGUUUGAAUCUGUUUUGGAUUUUCUCUAAUCCACACAGGCUCAUAAUUAUGCAUCCAUCCCUGCUAAUGUUUAGUUAAUUGUCCCUUAGCAAGUUGCACCUCUGCCAGACACAUUUGGUAGCUAUCAACAAAUGUCUGGGAUAAUUUGUGCUGGAUAUUUGAUCUUCUUGGCAGAGUUGGUAGAGUGUAUUUAAACUGAUGGGGUUCCUGAGCCUUGGUGCUUCCUGGGUUGGUUCUAAGAGUGACAGUUUAGGUCAUCUUCCAGACCUCAGAUAAGUGGUGACACAACAAAAUAACUCAUACUUGUUCUGAUUAUUGAUAAAUCCAAUGAGUGCUGUCAAAAAAAGAACAGUUCAGAAAUGAUUACAAAUAGAAAUAUCAUGGCAUUGAUGUCUAUGACAUGUGUAUCCAAACCUCUGACCACAACUGUAAAUUCAGCAGCUAACAGGACAUCAACCCUUUUCCUCUCUUUCAUUUCUCUUGUAACAGCUUUGAUCCUUUGCUCAUACUGAGGCUUUUGUUUUGUGGCUGGCUCUGGGGACUGUAUGGCUUUAACUUUUUCCACUUUGCCUCUCUCGGCUUUUUCAGACUGUCCAUUUUAAGUUCAGCUCAGUGAAGGUGAUUUAAGUGAUUGGGUGACCCUGGCCAAAUGAUCGGUGCAUCUCUAGUGUUUACUUUAAUCACUUCUGCAAUUAAAUGCUUUUUUAAUGUUGUAAGUUUAUGAAAUGCCAACAUUAUCCUGUCAUCAGUACUUGAAACUGUUAAUGAAUUAUUUUGUAUCACAUCAAUAACUGAAAACUUUACAGCGGUACUGCAGUUUAAUUAAAUUACAUUGCAUGAAAGUAAAAAGCAGCAGAAAACAAAUACAGAAAUAAAUAACAGUCUAAAAAAAUGAAUGCUCUGAAAUGAGCAUUCUGUGUCUAUAUUGAAAUUGAGUUUAAAUCUGUUCAUUAACUAAAAACCAGUGUAUAAACAAACAAAAUGCAUUCCUGUGUCAAGAUAAGCUGAAUUCUUCAUUCAAAAAAACAAAACAAAAAAGAACAUGUUGUGAGCAUUGAUUCAUACCUUUAAAAUGUGCUUUGGGUGUCUUAUCUUCUCUAAAAAGUUAUGUUUUUUUGUCUUUUUUUAAACUAUAAAUCCUUUGCUUCCUUGAGUUAUAAGUUGUUUUUCUUCACAGCAUUCGGAUUAAAAAGCGUUCUUCUACCCUACAGACAUCGUAGCAGUGAUGAAUACCUGAGAUGAGCUUAUCUGCAAAACGCAGACUGUAGAAAGAAUUCCCAGAAAACAAGCGAUUUGUCAUUUAACAAUAACCUAAGGUCUGUAAGAGGAGUUUCUUUCAUCCUGCUUUGCUCUCAAGGAUUUCUGCUGUAACGUCUCUUGUUUAUUGUCCAGUAGCUCUAAUUUUCAAUAGCAGCAUAAAUAUAGAACACGUAUUCUUAUCUCCAUGGCUUCACUCAUGUUUCAUUGUGAAAUCAAACUACAGAGUCCGUCCUCACAUUUCUCUGUUUUGUUUAAAUUCACAUCUUUGGACUGCGGGCACAGCCUCGAAAACUAAUGACUCAUAACACAAUAUCACUGCAAGACAGGGUACAUGGAGAGGGAGAAUCAUCACACAGCUCCUUUCUGGGUGAACACACAUCCACGCCCAAGUGAUUUGUGCCCAUCCAUGUGUGUGUCUACCAGUUUUUUAUGUGCAUGUGUGUGUGUAUGUGUGUGUGUG